AUGGGCAGAUUGUUGUACGAACUCGGCCGGGUGGACGAGAAGACGCGCCAAGCGAACGAACGCGCGAGCGACAAGAUGGGUAAAGGCAGCUUCAGCUGGGCUUGGGGGCUCGACGGUACGGUGGAAGAGCGCGAAAGAGGAGUGACGAUGGACAUUGCACAGGAGGUGCUGGAGACGCCGCACCGCCGGAUCACCGUACUCGACGCGCCAGGGCAUCGCGACUUCAUCCCGAAUAUGAUCUCCGGUGCGGCCCAGGCGGAUUGCGCGCUGCUCGUCGUCGACGCUGCAGUCGGCGAAUUCGAGGCCGGAUUUGAGCGCGGCGGGCAGACGCGGGAGCACCUACUGCUCGUCCGAAGCUUGGGUGUUAGCCAGGUCGUCGCCGCCGUUAACAAGCUGGACCAGGUUAACUGGGACCAAAGCCGAUACGAUGAGAUUUGCGACCAGCUCAAACCAUUCCUUGCGCAGUCAGGUUUCUCGUCCUCGAAGACCAGUUUCGUCCCGGUUGGCGCCAUGGAAGGCAUCAAUCUAGUAGACAGGGAUCAGGAAUCCGCGGAGCUGCUGCGUACCUGGUACAGUGGUCCGUCAUUGGUUGACCUCCUAGACAAACUGGAACCUCCUGCUCGGAACAUUGCCGCUCCCUUCCGGUUCCCGAUCUCAAACGUGUUCAAAGGGCAAAGUGCCGGGACAGCCGUCUCGGGGCGCGUCUGCGGAGGCGUCGUGCAGGUCGGCGAGCGCCUGCGGGUGCUCCCAGGGGACGAGACCGGUGUCGUAAAAUUGAUUCAAUCGAACGACGAGACGGUGCCCUGGGCGGCGGAUGGGUCGAACGUCACCCUGUUUCUUGUCCAGGUCGACCCCAUCCACCUCGCGAUCGGCAGCGUGCUCUGCCCACCGACAAACCCCGUCCCCGUCGUGUCCGGGUUCACGGCGCGGAUCAUCGUGUUCGACAUCCAGGUACCCAUCACGGCCGGUACAUCGGUGGAGCUCUUCGUGCAUUCCCAAGAUGUGCCGGCGACGAUCCUCAAGCUGGCGUCGCUAAUCGACCGUGCGACGGGCGCGGUCGUGAAGUCGAACCCCCGCGUGCUCACGAAGGGCGCGUCGGCUGAGGUGCAAAUAACGCUCCGCACGGCGUCGAUGUCGGGCCCGACCUCGAGAGCGCGCGCUAUCCCGCUCGAGCCUUUCUCGGUCAACAAGGAGAUGGGCCGGGUUCUGGUCCGGAGAGGCGGGGAAACCAUCGCUGCCGGUACGUGCUCGUGCUAUGCUGGUAGGUGCUUGAUUUGA